AUGGAUCAACUUUCUUUUGACCCAGACGUCAUGGACACGUUGCAGAGCACGGUAGGUCAAGUCAAUAAAAACAUAGGUUAUCUCUGACCACUAGUUGGAAUGCUGCGGAAUGUAUUCUGUCAACUAUUAUUACUACCUAUGGAAUUUGCCAGAAUCGUGUUGUCCAGAGAACACUGGCUUCUGCAACGUAUCAAAUGCCUACUCAGUGGUAAGUUGCAGUUCUCCGACCAUGCCCAUUUUUUCUCCUUGAUUUAAUGCCGUAAAGCACUACCUAAAGUGUACGAGGACUUUCCCCUUGUAGAUGCAAGAAGUAUAAAUUAGGCGUCCGAUUAGAGAUAUAUAACACAUCGUCCAGGUUGGUGAUUGAGGAGGGAGUACGAUAGAUACUGCACACGUCCAUCAGCAUUAUGAACCAACUCUCGCGUGAGUCACCAGCUCUGCGUCCACCACGUUGUGCGACACAAAUAGACAUUGGCAUUACAGUCGAUAGAAAUGUCGUAUAGCAGAAAUAAUCAGUGCUUAAUCGGUUCCUGUAUUUCCUGGAAUGAGAGCAUUUCGAUGCCGCUGUGAUAGGCAGAUAUAGACGUAGGAUGCUGAAAGAUUGGUUUCAUCUUUUAAGGAGAAGCUUUCAAUGAUAUCCUUAUUUCGAAAUAGUGAGCAAGAAAUAUAGCACGAAAUUCCAUACAUUGUACUUCCGUUUUUUUCAAUUUAGGGCUGUGCCGGAAAAAUACUGGAUAUAAUAUCUCCGGUCUUUAAAGGACUGGGCGGAUUCCUUGUGUUGCUAUGCAUUGUGCAGAUAGUCCUUGCUAUUGUGCUUUAUGCAAUUUCGCCGAGAAGUGAGAAAGAGACGGAUAUUAAGGAGGUCUCCUAUUCAUAGGACUGAAAACGAUCAUGACAGAUUAUUGCUGUUGCAGCCAUACAUAAUAAAGGUGAAUUCUAACAGUGUGUAUAUUUUGGAUUUUGUGAGGGUCUGUAGGAUGUGGAGGUGUGGAUGUGGUGGGCGGAUGAUGAGAUUGUGGUGGUCCCGCUCCGAGGGCAUCUUCAGACGCCGCGCUUCUCGCGCGUACUAGUGGCAGUCAGGUUCUCGGCCAAUCACAGCUAUGGAAACCAGCCAAUCAACUUCAAGGCCGACGCUUGUCUGUGGUAAUUGAUGAUGAUUUUCUUUGCCCACAUGUGGAUGCCGCAUGAGUGAUAGGCCACCUGUACUUAAUCAUGGUGGUCUAUGAUAGAGUCAGCCGACAUAUAUUCAUGAAAAAUUUGCCCAUUCUUCUGUACAAUGAGGCUGACGAGGUCCCACUAGCAGGCUGGAUUCUCGUUAUCGCGGCCCGACAAGUGUUCCUUCCUGCGGACUCCGACUUGUUCCAACCUAUUCUUCCAUCCGUCUGUGCGGAAUUAACAUUCCCUCGUCUGGGGUCUAAUUCCUCUCUUUAUUCUGAAGCGAAUCCGAAGGUUGAAGUGACCUAUGGCUUACGCUGGCGCGACAAGAUCUGUAAAAAAAGAGACACGGUAGAUGGGAUGAGAGCUUUAUUAGCCUGACGUUUCGGAAUCCUGCUCGAAUCCAUCAUCAGAAACAAAGGUAGAUAGGCGUGGUUCAUGCACAAGGGGCUACAGUAUUUAUAGGAUGCAGUCGUCGUGCUACCGCGUACCUAUGAAUAUUCUCGGCUCCCUGCCCUUCAUCAGGGAUUGUCGCAUUAGGUGUGCUGACUGUCUGAUAGCCGACAUUCGCGUCUUUAAUUGCGGCAAUUUCAUCACGUGUGUUGGAUUUUGGUGUGAUGACUGAUCCACCGACCGUGGCGUUGGGAACAGUGUUCACCUGUGCGCUUCCCACGUGGUAAAUUACUCUGGCUAGGCGAGGUCUCGGCACUGAGUAUGGAAGGCGGAGUUCACUGCGCUUGUUGAUGGACUGGGAGGGCAGUGAAUCAUGACUCAAGCAACUCGUGGCUCAUGCGGUUGCCACCUAUACCGCUUAUGUCAAGAACGUUUCGGAAACUAUCGGCCGCAUCCUCGCACCACUUGGAUGUGGAGUUGCACAUAGACCGUGGACAACCAUCAGACGUCAGGUAAUUAAACCCAAAGACCCGCUUCCACGGCUAAAAACGUCUGGAGUCGUUUAUCGGAUCUGGUGCAGUUGCGGACAAAGCAACUACUUUGGAGAAACCGCAAAACAGCUCCGAACGAGAAUGGCCGAACACACUGCAGUGGUGCAGAGAAAUGACGCCAGCUCUCAAGUUUCGGCUUAUUCGACGAGAUACGGCCACACAUUCAAAUUCGAUGAGGCCGAAAUUCUCGCUAUAGGUGACAACCGCGUGAGCAGGGAGCUACUUGAAUCAUGGUUCGCUGCUCCCAGUCAGUCAGUAAGUGCAACCACCUUCCCCUUCCAUACUCAGUGAUGAGACUUCGCCUAGGCGGUGUAAUUAGACACGUGGGAAGCGCACAGGGGAACACUGUUUCCAACGCCAGGGUCGGUGGAUCAAAUGGUCGAAUAAUCAUCACACCAACAUCCAGCACACGUGAUGCAAUUGAAAAAAACUAAAAACGCGAAUGUGGGCCAUCAGACAAUCGUCAGGGCGUCACGGUGGCAUGGCGACUGUAUACUAUUAAUUACUUCAGCCCCUUGUGCAUGAACCACCCGUAUCUGAUUCUGCCUCUGAUGAUGGGUUCAAGCCGAAAUCCGAAACGUCAGGCUAAUAAAGCUCUUGUCCCACCGAUCGUGCUUCCUUCUUGAAGACUGCUUCCUGGGGAUCGUCUCCGCUUUUGUUAGAUCUGUAAAAUGUUACGUGCACUAUUUAACGCCGAGCAGGCCCUUGGCAACUGUAUGGUUUGUGAUCCCAACUCACUUGAGGUGGUUUGUGGACCUUGCGAUACGUUGAAUAGUGGUAGAGGGGUUUUUAGGGGUGGGGCAACACACAGGACGAAGAGCGGAAUAAGUGAUGGUAGCAAUCACACGGAAUUUGAGUUUUUUAGUUGCCAGCUAAUUGGGGCCCUGCACCCUACCGUUACCUAGGUCCUUUCGUCGGAUAAUUUUUGGUCUAUUUAAAAGAGGCUGUUAACAAUUACUUUGCGUUCGAUUUCCUAAGUCACGGGUGCCUUCGUACCUGAUCAUCUACAUAGCACCGCAGCAACAAUGCGACUUUCUGUGAGCACUUAUAUCAUUACAUAAAAUAUAAUGAUUGAAGUGUAACAUGUACCACAACUCAUUGAAGAUGACAACACUAGAAAUGAACAGUCCAGUCUCUCUUUUCUUUAUCGGCAAGGUUAUUGCCGCUGUGCAGCUGCAAGCUGGGCUAGAGAGAGAGAGAGAGAAAGCCCCAAGUCACAACGGGACGCGCGAGUUUCGUAACACGAUCGGUGAGCGCCCUCCUACCAUGGUAUAUUUGUAGAUAUUGAAAAAUCCAAAGUAAAUAUGUGAAGAAGACGGUGUAAAUAGGAAAUAUAUAUUGGAGAAAAGUCUUUUUUAAGUACUUAUUUAUUUCCCCAAAAUUGCAGAUCAUCAGCCAUAGCAAACAGGAAGACUAUACAACCACACCCAGGUCCAUGCAUGAAAACUGUAGAAAGAGUGGAAAUUAUUAAUUCAGAGAGGAUUUUUGAGAACUGCCAGGCCAGAGGGCUACUGCCAUCGGUGCUGACCUGCCAGUGCAGAUAUCAAAUGCGGCUGCAAGUCAGGAGGCAGAGCACGGGCGACUAUUUGUUCGGUGUGCACGAGGAAGAAGGCGGAAAGCACUUAAAACAGGCUCGGAAUAUGAGAGGAGCCGAUUAGCGAUGCUGAUUUUUGGAAGUGAAUUCCAGGCGGCAUUUUGAAGUGCAAAACUCUGGCGCGUACACAUUUCGAGGUUGGAUUACUGUCUGCUGCCCGGAAGACGCCCGACGGAAUCUGAGCUUACUCCAAUCCCACUAUCAUACAAAGUUUUCCGAAUUCGGAAAAAAAUACCGACUUUUACUCGUAAAGCUCACAUUUCCAUUAGCAGAACCACCCUGAAAAAUAUUCUGACCGACGAUAAUGUUUAAUGUGCAUGGUUUCGCACAAUCACAGACCAUGAUGCCCACCCUCCUCUGCAAAUGGAUGUCCACACAUUAACUCGAUGCUUAAUAAGCUAUGUGGGGUUGUCGAAAGUCGUGUGGUCGACAAGAUAAAGAUUCCCAAUCAAAAGUCAGGGAAGACGGUUUGAGUUGGACAACCUUUACUGUCUGAGGAAGUGCGUACACAAGGGCUCUGUAGGCAGUCGCCGCGGGCGCGCUCCAAGCAAGCUGUUGUCUGUGUCCGCCUUCAGGGUGUUCAGCGCGUGUGUGCGACCUUCGUCGUCUCCACGUCGCCAGCCAAACAGAGUGGGGACAGCGUUGAUUGGUUUCGAGUACUCGCGCGUCCCAGCAGCGUAUCGACACGAAGUGUGAGGCGGAGAGGACGGCAGAGUGACGAAGGCGGAGGGUGAGGAGACGCGAACUGCCACAGGGUUUCGUUGUCAUAUACAAAGUUGUGGCCUCUGAAUGACUUGCCUGUUAAGGGCUACCUAGGAACUAGUUGCCAUGAGUCGAAAGGAGCCUAGCUCAGAUCGCUUACUGAGAUUGUCCUUGGGAAUUUACCUAAACCCAAAUGUCAACGAACUAUAAAGGAAAAUCUACCAUAGGCUUCCCACAUCAACACUUUCGGAUCGAGACACAUUACUCGUCGGGGAAUAUGGCCAACUUGCUAAUAUGCUUAAAACCAGACGAUCCUUCACAAAUACCGUCAAUGUUGCUGCAAAUACGAAAAGAAAACCUGGGGGAACACAGAGUGCCUGACAUUUCGGAAGCGCUCUCAAAUCCAUCAUUAGAGACGAAAUCAGGCAAGGCUAAUGCACGCAUACCGGAGGCAAUCACGAAAUCGAAGGGUCUGCUGCCACGGCAGGAAACGUCUGGAGUCUGGGGGGAGGCAGUUGAGAAGAAAACAACUACGUUGGAGAAACAGGAGGACCAUGUGGGACGCGGAUGGUCGAGUUUCCCGCAGCAACAACAGCAGCGAGGAGGAAGAACGCCUGUGCCCAUGUCGCAGCCAAUUCGACGGGAUCCGACUGCACAUUCAAGCCGGGGGCGGUCUAAAUUUUUUUCGAAUGGUGACAACCGUGUGAGCCGCAAACGGUUUAAGUCAUACUCUUAUAGCCUUUAGUCGAACACCGAGCUUAAUGGCGUCUUGCCCACAUAUUCUGUGUGGAGACCUUGCUUUGACAGAGUGAAUGACCACAUGGGGAGCGUGAUGGCGACCACAGCUCACAGUCCCAAUGUCGGCGAGUCAAAUGACUCAGGAACCCACACAAGUAAUGCAAUCUCAGUAGGUCAUGCUUCAUAUGUGGUCAGUUAGGCGAUUAUUGAACCACAUGCGGCCAUCAGCAAUGAUUUCCAGGGUCGACAAAUCUUUGUAGGAGGCAUAAAAACUGCAUCCUACAGUUAGUGAAACACUCCCGUUGCUUCAUUCUGCGGCAGUUCGCGUUUCCUUGCCCUCUGCCUUUGCCACGGUGCCUUCCUGUCCACCUCACACUCCUUGUUGAUACGUUGCUGGGAUACGGGUGGAUUGUUACUAGCCUCGCGAGUGCUCCAGGCCAAUCAACGCUGUCCCCCACCCCCUGAUUGGCUGACGGACGCGGAGGCAACGAAAGGCGCACACACGCGUUGGGUUUGAGCACCUCGAAGGCGGACCCGGACAACAGCUUGCCUGGAGAGUGCGUUCGCGGCGACUGCCCACAGAGCCCUUGUGUACACACUUCCAAAACAGUAAAGGUUGUCCAAAUCAUUCCGUCUUCCCUGACUUAUGAUAGGGAAUCGUUGUUUUGUCAUCCCAGUGAGAUUUGGAGGGAGCUGACUUUAGGGUGAAUUUCUCGCAUCUGAAAUGCUCCCCAACUGUGCUGUCGAAGCACUGCCUUAUCUUUCUUACCAGGAAUGAAAGACGAAGGAAGUUGUUCAGAACUAAUUGUCCAGGUGGAAAAUUGAACUGUGGUACACAUUCAGAAGUGAGAUAAUAACAGAAUAUGACAGAGUAUUCGGGCAAGUUGGCAGAGCAAGAAGGAUGAUUCUUUCACAUUCGACUACCCCGAACGUACGUAAUGGACGCUUGUCUCACCAUGGUCAAGUUUCCAACAGGUAGCCGGUGUGAUGGGGUGAAGGUACAAGGUAACAUCUGUCGGGCCAAAGUUUGGAGUAGGAGUAUUUGACUGUUAACAUGCUGAAUAUGCGUUUGUACCCCCAAAGGGAAGGCAGUAAAAUGGUAUUGUAAAAAUACGCACUUUUAGGCGAAUGAAGGAAUUUGAAAAAAGGAGUGCAAAAGGUAAAAAUGUGAUAGUGUAUAUGGAGCACCUUGUGGAGAAAGCCAAUGCGUAGGCAAGGAAUACAAAAACGCAAAAGGAAGACAAACAGCCAAUAGGAAUUGGCAACGCGUAGUCAAGGUCGUUCCGCAUGGUGUACACAAAAAAUGAUAGGUACAUAAGUGAAGGGAUCUGGAGGCAGUUAAGGAAACGAAUAAGGCAAAUAACGAGCCAUAAGGCAAGUGUAUGAUGCUACGUUUAUGUAGGUUGCUCUGUAAUAAUGAUAAUGAGAAUAUAGAUAAAUUACCAGCGGAACGCCAACACGUUGAAAUGCAUCAGCAACGCAGGACGCAAUUCUAACCCAAAAACAAGGCCGCUCACUCGUACGUCAUUUAAAUUUCCUGUCCAGUGUAUAUACUGUCAUGCAAUUUCAAAAGUGUUUGGAAUUUUUCAUAUGCUGAAUAUGCACUCUGAUCGCUGUAGUAAUACUGUAGAACUGUGGUGGUAUACAUCGACAUCAAACAGCCAAUAGGAAUUGGCAACGCGUGGCCAAGGUCGUUCGUAUGGCGUACAGAAAUAAUGAUAGAAGGUAUGGGAAAGGAUCCGGAGGCAGUUAAGGAAACGAAUAAGUCAAAUGAUGAACCAAAAGACAAGUGCAUGAUGCUACGUUUAAGUAGGUUGCUCUGUAAUAAUGAUAAUAAAAAUAUAGGUAAAUUACAGACAGAAAGCCUACACGUUGAAAUGCGACGACAACACAGAACGCAAUUAUGACCCCAAAACAAGGCUGCUCGCCUGCACGUCAUUUAACUUUUCUGCUGUAUAUAUAUAUAUACUGUGAAAUUUUCUUGAGACCGUCAACGACUUUCCUCCUGUGCACUUAACGUAUAUAUCCUAACCAUUAUCUGGACUAUCUAGCGCAAGCAGACUCGGAACAGGAUGCAAGUGCGCUGAGCGUUGUGCCUUUGACGUAUCUAGUUAGUGCAUUUUGCACAUGUCUCAAUAGUGCAGUUGUAAAGUAUAACAUUUUAACAUAAUCACGCCUACUCAGAAGAGUUCAGUAGGUCAUGAGUUUAAUAUUUCUCAAGUGCGGAUGCAGGACCAAACUUGCCGAAUUUUCUUAUUUGUACAUCCGUUGGCCUAUUUUACGGCACGUGUGCCAAGACUUGAAAUGUUGAACGGAAUUCUGAAAUGCAUUUCCGUAUCGGCAAGAGUAUUUACGUAUAGUUUUAAAAGACGGCAUUAUGCAGCAUGACCCAUAAUAAUUCAGAUACCUCGGGGUUCCGGCUUUCGGAUGAACAUCUUUACGGCCGCAUGCGAAAACCACUGUUUAUAAAAGUGACUACUUAUGUGGCAUGAGUUUUUCGCACAGAUUUUCGAUGUCCUCUAAAGUUCAAUUGCAUUUGUUGGAAAAAAGGCAUAAAAAUAUUCAUUCUCUUGUUCAUUCGGUAAAGAAUUACGUCUUCUUCAAAUUUUAUACUUGAAGAAAGGACAUAAUUCGAUUUUAAAUAUAACCUACCGUUGCACUUAUAGUUAAGGUUUCCAUACUACAAACACUAUAUUUUUUCCUACAGAAAACUAUGCAUUUCUCUACGGCCAUAAAACGAAACCAUGCGGGAUACGUUAAAUUAGCAGUGGAUUUGAGCCAUAUCAUGAACUUUACAAGCAAAAUAAGCAAAUAUAGAGACACGAUGUUUUAUGAACUGGCAUAUCGCGGCAUAAAAAAAUCUCAAAAUAUGUAAUUUUUUAAUAACCGAUUUAUACCCAUCCGACAGGGCAACGGGCUUGUGGUCCACUAGUUGGAGGCGUGGACUUCUAACUAACAGAUCACGAGUUCGCGCGUCGAGUAUACCACACUUAUGGGUUGGGUAUGACUAGAUGACGAUGGCUAAUAAGCCAGAAAUGGCCAUUUCAGUCUCCCUUGUCUUGUCUUUGCUAAACUGCAAGGGGACUGCGAAGACUUUUUGUGCUCUCCUUGUUGCCACGCCGGCUGCCUGACGGAGUCAGCAUGUGAAGGACGGUGGAGCGGGGUGGGAUGUGGAGGAAGGCGAGGGCUGAGGUUGUGAACGCUGUUUGUAUGUCAAACACGCGGAGUGCGUGAGACUCUUCUCAGGACGUAAGGGCGACGUGACAUCAGCACUUGGAUUUGGAGUCGGCCACGGAAGACAGACUGCCUGUGUCAGCGUCUUCUGACAAGAAAGAGAGCUGGAUUCUUUAAUCGAAUAGGCACCACCUCGGCUGUUUUAGCCGCCGUUUUCGUAGGUCUUUAGAGAAGUGUGCUGGCGUCCGGUAGAUAACUUCAAAGGCUUCUUUGGCGUCGACUUGGUGGUUCUUGACGAUUAGGUGUACGAGAACUGAAUUUGAAAUCGGUAGAUUUUCCCUUUUACCUAGCCAGGCAGACAUGUGUUCGCAUAGACUCUUUCCUGGACGCUUCGUUGUACGCCCAAUGCACAGGAGUAGGUGAAUGAGUAAAUGCACAUCGAUUUGGCCUGCAACGGCAGUCGGUCCCUGUCCCGUCCCGAAGUCGUAGAAGGGGAGAGGAGAGAGAGUGAGGUGGAUGCGACGAACGUCGAAUACCAUAACAAAAUGAUUCAAAUGCAAGUCAACGUCCGCCUGCCUAGCAUUUCAUGGGGCACACGAUGAGCAUCUUCGAUAACGACAGCUGCAAUAUCGGUUUGUCAUCCGACAGCGGGGUGACGUACUAGCUCACAAUAGACAGCCACUAAACCGCACGGCCUGAAUAUCGCCAGUUGUCAUAGUUUGUGUUGAAAUACUGUGGAGACGAUAUUGAGGAUAGAAGCGGAGAUCAGCCAAGAUGUGAAUUCGGUGUCCAACAUAAACAAACGUUAAUUGUCAGCAACAAUUUUGCAUACAAAUAAUGCAGUUUGGGCGUCCGCGCAUUCUUCUACUGCAACUUCUUUUGGUUGCGGUGCUUUCGAAAAUCAGCAGAAUCCUUCCUUGCAUACUCAGCAGAUGAAUGCAAACCUAGUGAUUGGGGCUCUUACAUGCGAUGUCAAGUUUGGAUUUGAAAAUGGAAUAAAGGCGUCGCUAUGUGGCUAUGCCAGAUCUUUGUUCAACAUUUCUUUAAAACUGAUUAGGAUUGAGAAAAGUGUUCGAUUCACUGUUGGGAAAGUAUUAACAGAAAAAUAUUUAGCUGGUUUUUAUAGUGAAGAACUGCUAAAACCAGUUGAAUAUCGGCUCGUGUAGGCCGACAGUAUGCAUAAUCCGAAAAGUAAUUUCUUACCAGUAUGCAACGCUUACUUUUCUGGAGGGCACAAAAAGGCAAGGAUAAAAAACCAAGGUGAAAAACAGCAAUAAACUUCCCCUGCUUUCUGUAUAUUUGCAGAGCUAGUACCGCCGGCCGUUGUAAUCAAGCCGUAGUGCAACACGGAGCCUCUUGCGCGUAUGAGUGACAGUCCAAUUCACGACCAAUUACAGCUACCAAACCGACCAAUGAAAUUCGCGGCGGACACAAACAUGCCCACGCUUGAGGUGCACCGGCGACUGCCGCUCUGUCACUCGCGCGCCUGUUCGCGCGUCAGCGGACGUGUGAGCCCGUCCGGCUGCCAAACUACUUUAGUCUUUUACCUAAUCAUUCUGUACGGAAUAUGAUGCUCUAUCUAUUGGAGUCCAAAUUGUCUUUCUAUCUGGGACCGGUCCUGAUAUUACAUCCAUUUGCACUUCUAUUUCCCAGGACCUGGUGAUCGAGACAGUCGAGCUGCUUCUACAUAGCAAAUACGAUGAAACGCAGAAUCGUCUUGGAGAAGCCCAAGUCCUUCAGGUCCUGAAGUUCUGUCUCAGGACGUACUUCACGCUUGACGGGACAAUCUACGAACAGGUGAAGGGCACGCCAGUGGGUUCACCCAUUUCGGGAUUCAUCGCCGAGGCGGUCCAGCGGCGGUUAGAGUCGCUGAUCUUCCAACACCACAGACCGAAGUUCUGGGCGCCGUAUUUGGACGAUACCUUCGUCGUUAUCUAA